GGGCAUGACAGAGUGACGUCCCUUACAUUUUGGCUUCAUUAGUAACAACUGAGCUGACUGGCAUGCUAAAGGAUGGAAAUGUGGACACUCGUUGCAGUACUUGCAAUAAACAGAUGAAAAUAAUGAAACGAUGUACCCGUUGCAAAUCUGUUAUGUACUGUUCCAGAGAUUGCCAAAUAAAAGACUGGCCUGUGCACCAGUCGGUUUGUGAGCCCAGCAGAAAAAGCGGCUAUCUCAGAAAUGACAACAGUAUUUUUAAUGAUGAAGUUUUACAAGACAACAGGGACAGAGGGUCAGCAACAGCAAGUCAUCCUCCAUUAGUAGAUUUCACAAAGGCAACUAGACACAAAUCAGAACCACGGAUAGACAGCGUGAAAAAGCCAGAAGGAAAGUGUUACCUUUUUGUUAAUGAAUAUUACACCGAUGUUCCAGUUGUGAACCACUCAGAACCAGCAUCUUCCAUCACAGUCAAGUGUAACAAAGAUAAACACAAACUGCUUGUUCAAAACAGUUGGACUGGAGUUGAAGUAUUUAAAUUUUUGUCUUACUCUUUAGAGAUACCAUUAGAAAAGGUGAAGGUCAUACAUAAAGGUAAAGUGUUAAAUCGAGAAACUAUAUGUGAAACGAUAAAAGACAAGGCACUGUAUCAGGUGAUUGGUGAGGUAGCAGAGUCAGAGGAAGGUCUGGAUCAACGAGAUAUUUCUGUGAUGAUGAAACAGUCGGGACUUGACAGACAAGCUGCUGUGCAGGCUUUAAAAAAGAAAGGAGAUCUUCUAGAUGCCCUACUAGAUCAGUGACCACAAUCUGACUUAAGUACUUGACCUUCCUGUGUAUAGCAUUAAUAGGAGUUCUGAUGUUUUUAUUUUGAUUGUUUGUAACCUGUACUUGGCUACAUGCUGUUUUCAUGUUUCCUCUUCUACAGUAUUGAAAUUUUAUUAAAAAACCAUUAUAGUCA